GAGUAUUGCGAAGUCGAAAGCAAUGUCCACAGAAGACCGAAACCAGCAUCAUUCCUAUGCUCACGAGUCGCAACGAGCUCCUGCGGUUCACCCUAGAAAACAUCAUCAUCAUCGAGCACAUGCUGCUGCAGGAGUAGAACCUGAGCCUAUUGACUCGUCGGGUCCCAGGGGUAAUCCUACCGAACUAGAGCGAACACAUGAGGGGAAGCAUGUCGAUAUGGAGCUCCCCAAGGAUGAUCCUGCAGAGAAGUUCAUGAAGUCGUUCUCAAUUUUGAGUGCCAAAACUUUGGGCCAGCUCGAUAAGCUUGAGGCCGCCCUUCGCGAUGUGGAAAAUGAGGUGACCAAAAUUGAACAGGAUUUGAUCUCUGGGAAGAUGUCCCUUGGGAAAGGCAAGGACGUCCUCGCCCAGAUAGAAGCCCGACUCGACAAACUGCAAUUCAACGGAAUCGACUCUGUCGAAACCGUCGAUCUCCAUUCUGGGAAGGAGCCCGCGAAGGCAGCACGCAAAGAGUUGGUCCGAGAGGCCGAGAGACUCAGUGCUCGAAUAGAUACAAUUUUCAAGCAGAUAAAAGCGGCCGAAAAGUGCGGCUGAUCUCACUCGAUCACAUACUACUGUUAAUUUUGAAUACCGAGUGGCUCACA